AUGAAUGCAUCAAUAAUUACUUGGUUGACACAACGAUGGCGUUUACUGUUAGUAAUUCUAACACCAUUGGUUUUACUUCCAUUACCGAUUCUUAUUAAUAAUCCUCAAGGACGAUGCGGUUAUGUUGUAAUUAUUCUCUCCAUAUAUUGGAUUACUGAAGCAAUACCUUUACCAGUUACUUCUUUAUUACCACUGAUCCUGUUUCCGAUGGCUGGUGUUUUAACUGCAGAAGUAGUGGCACCCCACUAUUUCAAAGAUAUUAUUGCACUUUUUUUCGGUAGUAUGGCAUUCGGUUAUGCUGUCGAAUCGGUUAAUCUUCAUCGUCGUAUUGCUCUAUUUGUUUUAAGUUGGGUUGGCACGGGAACUAAAUGGAUUAUGGCUGGUCUAAUGGGAGCAACAGCAUUUCUUUCAAUGUGGAUAAAUAAUACUGCAUCGACAUCAAUUAUGUUGCCCGUAACCUUGGCUAUCGUCGAUGAACUCAGUGUUUAUAACAAAAAUUCUCUUGAUAGACGACAAAGAUUUCUUCUUGCCAUAGCUUAUUCAUCAUCUAUCGGCGGACUAUCUAGUUUAGUUGGUACUACACCCAAUAUUUAUCUUAAAGGUUUUAUAGAUAGUCACAUCAGUGAUGGUACUGUAGCAAUUUUUUGUGGAAUACUUCCAUUAAUCCUACCUGAUAGCAAUCCAUUUAAUCGACGACAUGAUUGGAAAUACGAGCCAAUUGUCAAAUGGACUAGUCUAGUGCAGAAUAUUUCAUGGGGUGCAAUAAUUCUUCUUGGUGCUGGUCUUUCAUUAGCCUCUGCUUUUCAAACAUCAAUGCUGUCAGAAAGCGUAGCAAAAGCUCUUGGUUUUAUCUCCAAUAUGCCGCAAGCUGCAGCUAUUAUAAUCAUUGUUGUUAUCAGUGGUUUUUUUACUGAAGUAACAUCGAAUUUAAGUACGGCAACUAUUUUUUUUCCUGUACUUGAUUCUGUGGCAACUUCAAGUGGCAUACAUCCAGCGUUUCUUAUACUUCCAUGUACACUGGCUGUGUCUCUCGCCUUUAUGUUGCCCAUCGCUACACCACCAAAUGCCAUUGUUUUUGCUAGUGGUGCUAUUCGUGUCAUUGAUAUGAUCAAAACUGGAAUAGUGAUGAAUCUCAUUGGCUUUUUAGUCAUCUUUCUAGUUGCCAAUACAUGGAUGCCAAAAAUUUUUGAUUUAAAUGAUCAAACAACGGCAAUUUUUCUCAACAUGACUACUCGCACUAUUUAA